AUGAAAAUAUUUAGAAGCUGUUCCUGGUUUUUUAACCAAUUAAUUUUAAAUCCUUUAAAGAAUAGAAGUUUCUUUAAUAAUAAAUACGACCAAUUGAGCCAAAGUACCACUGACGAAACUGAUGCCAGUGUCGACGAUUUUGAUAGUUCCGAUGAAUUUGAAGAGGAUGAAAAUGAGUUUUACGAACGAGUUAGAAAUGAUUGGGAGUGGCUUAGCUUAAGAUACGAAAGAAGACUAAAUGAGCUCUUAAAACUGAUCAAAAACAAUAAAACUAAUAACAACAUUAAUAAUCCAAAUAUCACUAAUAACGUUAAUGUCAAUUUAUCUCCAUUUUUGUCAUUCAUUCCAAACAUCAUGCAAAGUUUUUUAGUAAACUAUAUCGAUAAAACUAUCAAUUGUAAGUCUAACUUAUCUCUGGAUGGUUUGGGAACUAAUGAAGAUAUCGGACAGAUUUCCCUUGAUUCUGAUUUCUAUGGAAAUAUAAUAGAAUUGAUGAAAAAUGGCAUCUUUGAGGGAGAUGUUCCCAUAGUUUUUUGUGAUAUUUCAGGAUUUACAAAUUUGACUCAAAGGAUUGAGAAUUCAGAAAAUCCACAAUCCGUAGCCAAUUUGGGCAGAUUUUUGAAUGACUUCUUUGACCCAAUUAUUAAUUUAAUUUAUCAUUUUAAUGGAGAUAUAAUCAAGUUCUCAGGAGACGCUAUUUUAGCCAUCUUUUGUGGUAGUGAUAAAAGUACAUUAUCAACUAAUGACAGUUUAGAAGCUAGUAGUAAUGGUACAGAUGUUGAUGUGGAGCAAGAAAAAGACUUGGAAAGAUGUUUAAAUUCUAUAAAAUGCUGUAUUGAAUUGCAUAACAUAUUAAAUAAUUAUCCAAUUCAUUAUAGCAAUUAUGAAACUACCCCAAACUCCGAAGAAUUGGCCGAUAACAUAACAAUACACAUCAGUUGUAUUUACGGAAAUAUAAAGAUAAAAUUAGUUGGGGGAAUAUUUGAACGUUAUGAAUAUGUUGUGAUAGGAGAUGUGCUGAGUGAAUUAAAAGUAUUAUCAAACUUAUCUAAAUCUAACGAAACUGUUUUAUCGCCUAAACUAUACAAUAAAGUCAGAAACUAUAUCUCUACACAACAGAUCAUUUUCGAUAAUAACAUUUACUACAAAUUAUUAUCCCUGGGAAAUGAUGAAACAAGUGAUUCUCACACUACUAUUGAUGAAACUGAUGAUUUUUUUGAUGAUAAUUUCUCAAUAGUUACUGAAAAUUCUCUCGAUACCAUAAGUAGUGUGACCGUUAUCAAUAGUUUUAAAUUUUCUAAUAAGUUUGAUCACAAUAUCGGUCCAUUUCACUUUAAUGUCGAUAACUCGUUGUUGCUAAGAUUGUCUGAAAUUAAUCAAAAGAACAAUAAUUUAAUAAUAAAAUUAUUAAAGUUUUUCAUGCCACGUUAUAUAUACAAUAGACUCUUGAUAAACCACUUUAACAUAUGCAAUAAUGAAAUGAGAAAAAUGACAAUCAUUUUCAUCAAUUUUAGGAUAAAUACCACUAACACACUAAUUUCCAGCAAACUUCCUUAUAACACUAUUACUGAUUCCACUAAUACUGACAAAAGUUUUAUGAACGCUCAGGAUAAAGUAGACUCUACAGAUCCCGAUAAUUCUGUUAAGCAAUCUUGUGUAGAUAGUGGAGUGUUAAAUGAGAUAAUGUUAAUAUGUCAGAAGUGUACAUAUUCAUACGAAGGUACAAUAAACAAGUUAAUAGUGGAUGACAAGGGGAUAAGCAUAUUAAUAUUUAUGGGAUUCCCUCCAUUGUUCCACGAAGAUGAUGCCUUUAGGUCAAUACUACUUUCACUAAAGGUGUUUAAAAUGAGUAAGAAGAUUGGGUUCAAUGUUGGCAUUGGAAUUUGCACAGGCAAGGUCUGGUGUGGCUUGUUAGGCAAUAAACUAAGAAAUGAAUUCACUUCGAUUGGAAAUAUAGUUAACAUAUCAAAUCGACUAAUGAUGAAUUCUUUUAAUAUACAACAACUUGCUAAUUCCGAAAAUUCACAGUUUCCCCAAGAAAAUCCCCAAGAAAAUACAGAUUCAGACAAAGUACAGAAUACGUUAGGCAAGUCAGGUCCAGAUUUUUAUAACAUAUUAAUAGACGAGAAUACUUAUAACGAGUGUUCCAGUAUGAUAGAACUGUUGGAGUUGGAAAAAAUAAAAGUAAAAGGUAGAGAUGAAAAAUUGACAGUUUAUACUCCAACUGGUAAAUUAAAGAUACAUAAUAAUGAUGAUAUGAAUUUAUCAGAUAACAAUAUCGUCAACGACACAAUCAUAAAACAUUUGUAUCAUAAUACCGAGUUGAUUUCGCUAUUUUCCACAGAUAAGGACAAUAAGAGGCUAAGUAUACUUGAAGAUUCUGAAGACAAUCAUAUAAUUGUUAUAAAUGAUGAAACAACUAUGAAUAAUAGGUUAAUUCACAAGUAUAUAGACAAUAACACGGACGAUGAUCAUAAAGUGUUGUAUGUCAACUAUGACAGUAAUCGACUGAUAUACAACACCUUAGAACACACAUAUAAAUUGUUGAUACACAAGAUAAUAUCGUUGUAUAAUAACUCAAAAGUGCAAAGAAACUCUUUUGAUAAGUUUAGUAGUAAUGACACUGAUGAUCAUUCUUCUGAUUUGAACGUUGAGGAAACCUUGAAGAUGUUACUUAACCCUAAGUUCCACUGGUAUAUCAAUAUACUAAAUAAACUAAUAGACAACAGGAACAGCGAUAAUAAAUUACAACACUUACUGAGUAGUAACUAUAACAACGACCACGUAAACGCAGUUCAACUAUUACUUAACAGUAAUAAAAGGAAUUUGAAUAUCGGGAACACUGAACCACGAGAUGUAAAUCUUCAGAAUAUAAUAAAUAAUGAAGUGGAUAAUCUGGAAAGUUACAUAUAUUCAUUAAUUAAAGGAAUUAAUCUGUACUAUAAUAUUAUAUUAAUCAUCAACAUCGUCAAGGCCAGCUCAGUUAAUGAUUCAAGAGAUAAUAAAGUUGAACUUAACGGAGAACAACUUAAAGGCGUCCACAUAGAUAUGGCCAGAAUUGACAAGUUACUUAAAAAAUUGAUAAGAUACAACAAGAAACAACGUACAAAUCCAGAUAAGAAUAGAUUUAUGUUGGUAGUAUUGAACAAUGACCAAACUGAUUAUGGUAUUAAAGACCCUGUCGGUAUAUCAAGUAAGGUUAUUGAUAUAAAACGACUAAAGAAAACUGAGUUAAAGAAUGUAUUAUCUAACAUUAUGAAUGACAGCUUCAAUACCACUGAGGAUUCUGAGUCAAAAGGAAGUUACGAUAGUUCCCAUGUAGAUGUGUUGGUUGAUAACGUUUAUAAUAUAACAAAUGGUGUUCAUUCCAUUACCUAUGAGUUUAUCAGAUAUUUGAUUGAUAAUAACUUUAAUUAUGACAAAUUUUCUAAUCACCUUUACAAGUUUUUCCAUACUACGAACAAAUCGGUUGAUGAUAAUGUCGACUCUAAGAGCGAUUCAGUUGGUUUGGAAGAAAAACAGAUAAUAAGACUGGUACACAAUUAUUAUGAAUAUAAAUUGAACGUCAUUAAGAGUGACGAAUUGUUUAUACUAAAAAUUUUAACAAUAUUAAACAAACCCAUUGAGAUGAAUCAACUUGCUUAUAUCUUAUCAAGCCAUAAAAAUAACAUAAGCAAUCACGAUACCACUAAUAGUCAAGAUGAAAUCACCACUCCUGACUACAAUUUAGAUAAAGAGGCUCAAAUGUGUAAGAAAGUCGAUGUAGAAGAACAUGUAAACAAGUUAUUACUGAACAACUUAAUAGAAUCUGGCGAUGAAAAAGGAGUCAUAUUUGUUAACAAUAAAAUAUUAAAGGGAAUUAUUUCAAAUAUCAUUUUACCUGAUGAAAAACUACGCAUUAUAGACAAUCUAGCAGUACACACCUACUAA